AUGCAGACCAUCGCGUUCAUCACCGCGCUACUCGCCGCUGCUAAAGCAGUCACCAUUCCCAGCACCGGAACAACGUCACUGAGACAUGAAGCGGCCAAAAGAGACAUCCUCAUCGGAUCUGGAGCAAUCAAUCCGACAUAUCUCGAUGAUCCCGAAUUUGCGGCUGUUCUUUCCCUGCAAUUCGAGAGCCUUUCUCCAGAAAAUGAAGGGAAGUGGACAUUCUUAGAAAAGACCCAAGGACACUACAACUGGACCUCACUCGAUCGUCUUGUUGAUUUCGCGGAGAGCAAUGAUAUGGUGGUAAAGGGACACGGCCUCAUAUCGAGUUGCUGCAACCCUGACUAUGUACUCAAUAUGACGGACCCUACAGCACUUCGUGCCGCAAUGACAGCUCACUUCGAGGCGUUCAUGCACCGGUAUGACAGCAAGACGGUUGAUCGAUGGGACGUCGUCACAGAGGCCCUCGAAACCAUGGGUGGCGGCCUGCAGGACAACAUCUUCCACAAAGUUCUCGGUCCCGGCUACAUUGCAGAGGCCUUCCGCAUCGCCCGGGCAGCAAUCCCAGAGGCCAAGCUGUUCAUCAACGAGAACCUCGUCGAGUCGCUCCCAGACAAACGCAAGGAACUAUACGACCUCGUCUCCGGGCUUGUGGCGGACGGCGUCCCGGUCGAUGGAGUCGCUCUGCAGAUGCAUAUCACGUUAGCAGCGCCGUUGCCAGGCGUGCUCACAGACAUAGUCAAUUCCUACAAGGCACUCGGGCUGGAAGUAGCAAUUGCUGAAAUGGACGUUCACACGCUCAACGACACACUCACGACUGACAUCUACGGCGCCGUCAUGCAGGAGGCUGUGAGCGCGAAUAUCACCGACAUCAGCUUCUGGGGCUUCACGGACAAGCAUCUCUAUACUUGGCUGCCAGGCGCAAAGCCACUGAUGUUCGACGAGGAGUACAAUCCCAAAGGUGCAUUUUACGCCGUCCACGAUGCUCUGGAGAAAUCUAUCAACGCACCAUAG